GGACCAAGAAACCAAGAACGACAACACCAGCCGGCCCGUCACGCAAGACCGAGGCUUCGGGCCUACCUACCGCCGUUGCCUCGACAACGCCUACUUCCCCGCCCCUCUGCCGGGCUCAGCCAAUCGUGUCGCCGCUUCCAUACAGGACCCGGGCGGGAGUCUGUGGUACGCGCCGUGUGAUUGGCCGGCGGCCGCUGGCGGCAAGAUGGCGGCGGCCGAGGCCUUCAGGCUGAGCGAGGUCCUGGAAUCAUUCAAACACUGCCUGACCCAGAGCGGCGAGCUGGAGCAGCAGCACUACCUGGCUGGGUGGAAGGGGCUGGUGAAGUUCAUGAGCAGCCUGGGUACAGCCUUUUCCUUUAUUUCAAAGGAUGCUGUCACCAAAAUCCAAAUUCUGGAAAACUACCAAAGUGGCGAAAACGGCAGCCAAUAUAAAACCAUCCAGUCAAUGGUGAAGUACGAGGUCGACAACAAGCUGGUGGACGUGAAGAAGCGAGGCGAUCACUGGAACUCUGGCUGCCGUACUCUACUGAGACUCCACCGUGCCCUCAGGUGGCUGCAGCUCUUCCUGGAAAAGCUACGGGUGGCCUCCGAUGACAGCAACACCUCCGUCUUGUGCGCAGAGGCCUACAACGACUCCCUGGCAAACUAUCACCAGUGGAUAGUGCGCAAGUCUGCCGUUCUUGCAUUCCAUUUUCUGCCCGGUCGCGCAGACUUCUUUGAGGUCAUGAACAUGGGCACAACUGAAAAGGUAGUGGAGACGCUCGGAGAGGCUGUGCCACUCAUUUCAAAGGCCUACGAUAUCACGCAGGACUUGUACGCUCAACAUGGCUUACUUGACCUUCCUUGAUUCUGUGUUUUAUGUAAAGUCGUGGGAUGUUCGGUGCAAUAAUUUCAUUAAUCAGAGGGCAGUGAAUCUAUGGGAUUCAUUGCCACAGACAGCUGCAGAGGCCAAGUCAAUGGAUAUUUUAAAAUCAGAGAUUGAUAGAUUCUUGAU